GUAGGUUACGUAGCCGACUAGGUUGUGUUGUCAACGAAUGCAUCAUUUUGUGGCUGUUACUCGUCCUGUCCUGUGAACAAUUGAAUUUAAAGCAAAUUUAUCCACCAAUUUAAAUUGGAGGCUUUGGCUCUGAUCUAUUGAAUCUAGUGACUCCAAUAUGACAAGGAGGCUCGACCCGAAAAAAGUGAAUUCUGAGCUCUUCACUUUGACUUACGGAGCGCUUGUAUCCCAAUUGAUGCGAGACUAUGAAAACAUUGAAGAUGUGAACAAACAACUGGACCGAAUGGGGUACAACAUCGGGAUCCGUCUCAUUGAAGACUUCCUGGCCAAAACAAGCACAGGGAGGUGUUUCGAUUUCAAAGACACUGCUGAAAAAAUUCAGAUGGCUUUCAGACUUUAUCUUGGCAUAACGCCAGCUAUUACAAACUGGAAUGCUUCUUGUGAUGAGUUUUCACUCCAAUUUGAUUCCAGCCCUCUGACAGAAUUCACAGAACUGCCAGACAAUUGUUUGGGACUCAAGUAUUGCAAUAUUCUUACUGGUGUUAUAAGAGGGGCAUUAGAAAUGGUCCAAAUGGAUGUUACUUCAGUAUUUGUACAAGAUCACCUUGUUGGUGACAGCUGUACAGAGCUGAGGUUAAAAUUUAAUAAGAGAUUAGAAGAUGCCAUACCUUCAGGUGAAGACUAAGCAAAGUGCAAAGGAAAGUUACAGUUAAUAUUACAUAAAUUCAAAUUUUUAUUUUAUUUUUUAAAUAUUAUAUACAUAAAAGUAUUUAUAUAAUAUACUUCAAUAAUUUUUUCUUCCUUUAUUGUAUUUUACUAUAUUCAUGCAUCAUAAAUUUAUUGAAUAGCUUAAUUAUAAAUCCAUCUGAUGAAUUAAUUACUUAUCUAUUGCCAUACAAGAACCAUUUUCUGAAUAAAAAAUCAUUUACUGGA